UGUUUGUGUAUGUACUCGGCAGGAUACAGAUCUCCGAGAUAUCCGAGGGGGUACGCAUAUAUGAUAGGUUUGGGUAUAUGCAGACGUGUGUGCAGCAGCAGGUCCUUCUUGCCUGCUGCUCAUGCUUGUCACUCGUUAAUAGUUAAUCAAGGAACUUGAGUCACUCCUUUGUGCAACACGCUCUCGACAAGAGCCCGCGAGCGUGAUAACAUAGUACACGCGCCGACACCCCAAACACGAUAUCGUGUAGUCAGCUGACGUCGGUAGGGAAAGGUUCGGGAGGUAGGCACCGGAACACAAGGGCAGCAGCAGCGGGCGGUUUUUGCUCGCGCGCGCCAAGGAGAUCCAGGGAACAGGGUUUGGAAUACGAGGGCAGCAGCAGCAGGGCGGUUUUUGCCCGCGCGUGCCAAGGAGAUCCAGGGUAAGAGUUUGGAAUACAAGGGCAGCCGCGACAGGCGCGCCAAGGAGAUCCAGGGACAGCAUUUGGAAUACAAGGGCAGCAGCGGUAAGCGUGCCAAGGAGAUCCAGUUACGUGAACAAGAAUAAGUCUAGCUACAAGACACAGCAGUAGGAGAUACAUCGUGCCGCAUUUUUUUUUUGCGGCGUAAUUAGGCGGAGGAAGAACAUGUGGGAGAAUUACUGGACGGAGAUGGAAUAUGGGCAUCUAAGGGAGAAGAACGAUGCACCGGCAGGAGCAAUGGCUGCCGGAAGAACGACUGCCGGGGCAGCUGGUGGAGCUGGGCUCGGUACACAACGGGUGAGCAUGAAAAAUGACGGAAAUUGUGCUUUGAGCGGUUACAGCAGCAGUCGCAACCCGCCCAAAAUCCCGACGAAUUCGACGAAGGCCGUGAGCUGGCUUCGGAGAAUGCGGAAUUUCCUGGCUGUCGAGGAUUUGGAGCGAACCCUUGACCACAUGCCAUCUACUGGUUAUGUCAACGUUAUCAGUUGUCUGGAUCGCACAUACCUGAACCAGACUCACGGUGCACAUCUGGUGGCAGCUCACCAGCGGGCGUGGGGGUACAUGUUGGAAGCAACCUGCGGCACGGACAUUGAAGAACGGUUGGGUGCUUGCGACUGCGUCCCUGAGGCGUGGAGCGUGAUCCACGAAUGGCUGUUGCCUACUCUUGACGCUGAGAAGACGUUGCUUGUGAGGCGACUUGAGACGAUUGAGAUGCAUCCCGGCGAGGACCCGAAACUCUUCUUCGCCAGGGUAGACGGAGUGAUCAACAUCAUGAAAGCUGUCGGCAUCGAAAAAUCUGAGCGGGCUAUCGUGCACAUCAUUGUCCGCCAGCUUGCACACGAGUACGAUAUCGAACGCAAGUCCAUCCUGGCCGACCCCACCAUUUCCCGAGCGAAGGUGGAAAACGUUGUUCGCGCGGCAUACGCCAACAAGGUCAUGAUGAAGGAAUUGGGCAAAGCGCAGGCGGCACCGGCGGCAGCGGUGACGGUUGGUGGGCUUGGGUCCGGUCAUGGUGGCCACGGUCAGGGGGGACUACAACGGCGGUGGCGGCAACAGCGGGAGCAGCAGCAGUGGGUUCGUCCUCAGCCACCACCUGCACAUUACCCACCUCCUAACUUCCCGACGUGGGGAUCUGGGGGGCUCUAUGACUGUGGGCGCAACGCUGUGUACCCGCAAGAGGAGUCAGCUUCGCCGCAGGGUGCUCUGAUUGGUGUCGUUCAUCAGUGCGUGAGAUGCGGGAGGCAUGGACACUCACUUGGCGACUGCAAUGCGCCACGACGCUUUGAAGGCAACUGCACUGCCUGCGGUGAGUAUGGCCAUCGGCGCCGCAUGUGUUGCACAAUCGACCGCAUGCAACAGCACGUGCCCGUCGGUGACGGAGAGGGUCUCAACGCGAAUGGCAACGACGCUAUGCCGCACCAGCAGCGGAAGCGACGACGCUGGAGGAGGCAAAGGCAUCGACAGGAGGCGAUGCUCCCCGUGUUUGCAGCUGGCGCGAGCGGCGACCCCCGGCAGCAGAAUCUUCCCCGCGGCGGCGGCAGGGGAGACGGCCGGGGCGCAGGCACUCGCGGCGGGAGCAACGGCAUGGACGGCAGCACCGGCGGCGAGAGCGGCGACCGCCGGCAGCAGAGUCUUGCCCGCGGCGGCGGUGUGGGAGCCGUAGCGACGGCAGCGGAAGGGAGGAUCGAUCGUGGCAGAAGUGUGCGGCAUGAAGUGAGAGACUUGGUGAUCGGGAUCUCCAGAGGAGGAAGUAAGAGACUUCGUGAUCGGGAGCUCCAGUGCGGGAUGACCGAUGGUUGCAACGACGCAGCUCUGGAUCUACGCGCGGUUCAGGCACGUUUGUGAGAAUUAUUGUGUUUGGGUUAUUUCUAGGUUUGGUUUUGUUUUGUUUGUCGAAAACCAUGAGUUUGAGAACUGUGUCGACGUAGACUUAGAGUUGCGAUGCGCAUGGUUGGUUACAUUGUGAUUUUCAUAUGUUGGGCAUUGAGUUUGGAUAAUCUAAGAAUUCAGCACGCCGAAUGGUUCAGUUGACAUCGUUGGACCACUGCUGGCACUGCUGUCGAAAAUCAUGGGGGGGGAUGAAUGUGAUUGUGAUGCCAUGAUCCUCGUCGCAGUACAAGCAGCGUUCUAGCAGACGUUCGGGUUUGGUUUUUGUUCAUUUUGUAAACGUUUUCCCCGUUUUACCUGCGGAAAAUGAGGAGAAUUUCUUGUUUGUUUCCGAUUCCGCGUUUUACCUGCGGCUUUCGGAGAUAAGUUCAUGAUAUUUGUUUGUUUUCUCGUUGUUAGUAUUCGAGAGUUGUGCCUUGCAUGUAUUGCUGUAGGACGGAUUGAGUUCCAUGGUCGGAGAUAUGUUGAAGGGGAGAUGUCAAUCGGUAUAUGUUUUGUAUUCUGUUUCUUGCAAUCCAGACGAAAUACUGGAUGGCUUGCAUUUUCUGUUUCGGGAGUUAUUGCAGCAGGAGGGCUGUUAAGUUUUUAUGUUUUGGGAGAUAUUGUGGCCAGGGGCUGCUAAGAAAUUGAUGUUGUCUCUUUGUUUGAGAAACGGCUUAAUUGGUGAAAGUUUCCUCUGGCGUUUAAAUAUGCGCCGGGUUUUUAACCUUUGUCUCUUUUGCCGUAUUUGGUAUUUUGGUUUUUCUGAAUGAUAUAUUGAAGGAAGGAAUUGGCAUAUUUUGGUAAGACAUGGUUGAGGCCUAUGUGCUUCCGAAGCUUAUUUGAGAUUGGUCAAUGAGCUGAAACAUGGUUUUGUGCGAGGAUCUUGUCCGAAGUAAUAGUUGACACGCUUUUCCGGAGUUGUCCGUCCAAAGUCUUCAUGACGUGACUCUGAUGUAAUGCUGAUCUUUGCGGAGUAUUUUUCUAAGGAUGAUUCUUGGUUUUUGGCUGCUUGAGAAUUUGGUGACGACAUUUUCUCGAGAGGGAUGAUUGUUAAGACUCUAGUGAAGUUCCAACAUACAUAGUGGAUUAAGGAGGAAUAGUAACUUGAAAUUUGAAUAUUCAAUAGAUCGGGAAGUUGAGAUGAUUUGUGAAUAUGAAAGAUGAAUGGUUUUGGUUUUGUUGCCGUUUUACCUGGCGAUAUGUACGGAAGGAUAAAAGCGAAACUCGCUAACCUAUGGACAGGACCGUUUCAAGUGCUUGCUGUAGGACCCUGUCGCUUUAGCGAUAUGGAAGUUGGGUCCAAGUUACUGCUGUAUCUGGAUUUACCGAACGCACACAAGCCAAAUCCAACCAUGUCUCAGUGUUGCGGUGAAAGCGUUGCCAUCGAGCGGACGAACCCGAGGGAAUCCCCGACUUUUUUCCUUGGAAAAGUUGUUCGUACGUCCUGCAUACAUUUGCGGACAUGGCACCUCCCUUCUACCACACCGCGGAUGACGUGGAAGUAGAGCUUGACGUACAGCGUGCACAGCCGACCGCUAUCACCGGUCACCGUAUCAGUAGAGGUCCAGGGGGUCCCAUCGCGGUACAACAAUACGAACCACGUUGGCGCGGACACCGCCAGCCCACUUGGGAAUCUGAAGCAAACAUCCAGCAGUAUGGUGAUAUUGUCGUAAAGUAUUUGGUGGGCAGUGCAGCAGUGCGUCAAGUAGGAGCCGACAACAAAGUGCAGCGUGACUAUAAUAAUCAGCUUGCCGCGCACCGCGCGCAAGCUCGGUCCCGUAAUUCCCUUUAUGUGCCACCAGGGUACGCGUUACUGGCAACGUGGGAGCGUGGGCCGGCCUUGCUGUCAGCGGAGGUGAAAGGAGCGCAUGUUUACGUGCGGACGAAGCAGGAGGGCUGGCAGCUGGGGGUGGUACAUCAGGUUUCGAGGGCGCGGAAGGAGGACCUGCCGUACCACGUCAAAGUCGUCGACCUCGAGCGGCGUUUCAACGUGUCGUUGUCACCCACGAAAUACUGUACGGCGGUGGAUGGUCCGCCAGGAUCGUGGUGCUUUCUUGUGCACAUGCGGUCCGGGAGCGUCCGGCGGAACGGGACUUGAGGGGUGCGUUGUGG